AUGUCCUUCCGCGAAGCUGUUAUCACGUUACCGUCCGAGUUCGGCAGUUUGGUGCGACUGAAGCGGUUGCAGAUAAUUUCGUCUUCCCUCGUGCUGCCCGAUUCCUUCUGCGAGCUGCCCGCCCUGGAGCACAUCCAAUUCCGCCGCUGCGAUAUUUCUUACUUACCCAGCGGCUUCGGGCAGCUCCGAAACCUCAAGAUCCUGAGUCUCCAGCGACUAGCGCAGCUCGUCGAGCUGCCCGCCUCCAUCUGCCUCCUCUCUGCGCUUACCAGCCUGACCCUCUUUCAGUGUUUCAAGCUCGCCAAACUGCCCGGAAACUUUCACCAGCUGGCGAAUUUGCGCACUUUGCACCUAGAAGAACUGAUUGCCCUCACUGCUCUUCCAGUCUCCUUAGGUCAGCUGCCCGCGCUGCGUGAGCUGAAAAUUCUAGACAACGGUCGCAUCACGCACCUCCCGCCAUCUCUCUCUGCCAGCCGCACACUCGAGCGCCUCUCUCUGCACAACUGCCAACGACUCUCGUCCCUGCCAGACGCUAUCGGCCACAUUCCGACUCUAGAACGCGUCGACCUCAGCUUUCUCAACAAGCUCCUGUCGCUUCCAGCCUCCCUGGAUCGCGCCUCUCGCCUCCAGGAGCUCAGAAUCGUCGCCUGCAGCCUGCUUGACGGUCUCCCGCGCUCGGUCUCCGCCAUGUGCUCCCUCGCCCGCCUUACUCUCGACGGCUGCGCUGCGCGGGCGCUGCCCGAGGAUUUCGGGCAGCUGUCGAAUCUGGUGCGGCUGAAGCUGUCGUGCGAGCGACUGACUGCUCUGCCCGGGUCGUUCGGGCAGCUGGGGAAGCUGCAGGAGCUGAGGCUCCACGCCUGCUACGAGUUAGUCCAGCUGCCCGAAUGUUUCGCGAAUCUUUCGUCACUCGAAACACUAGCCAUCUACGGGGGAACGUCGCUCACAUCCCUGCCACCCAACUUCGAGCAGCUCUCGCAACUGCGGCGCUUGGAGCUGCUCAACUGCGCCAUCCCGAGACUACCAGAGAGGUUCGGGCAGCUGCCGAAGCUGGAGGUUUUCAAGGUGGGAAGCACAGACUCUUUUAUGAGAAACGACGCGGAGCCAGGGCAGCCCGCGUGGCCGCCUCCCACGGCGCUCACAGUGACCACGCGGGACGAAUCGGCCUCAAUGUUCAUGCUGAUGGACGACCCGCUCCUACUGAACCAGCUGGAUGAAUCGCUCUUGGGGCGCUUCCUGCUACACAGCUUCCCAAUGUCCUUCACCCAGCUCACCAGCCUGCAGCAGCUGGCCAUCGUCGGGUGUGACGCGCUGGAGGGCCUGCCAGAUGGGCUGGGCGACAUGGCAGGGCUGCAAGUGCUGCAAGUCAAGAACUGCCCGCUGCUGCGCUGCUUUAUGUCCCUCCUGCCCUUUCCUCCUCCUACCACCACCUCCGCACAUGCCCCUCCUCUCCCAAUGCUUCACAGUCUGGAGAUUUCCAACUGCCCGAGUCUAACGAGCCUUCCACGCGGCCUCGAUGCUCUGCCGAGGCUGGAGCGAGUCACCCUGGAUAAGUGCAGCAAGCUGGGCUUUGCGAAUCAACUCUCCUCGUACCAUCGCCCCUCCUCAACCCCAUAUGCUGCACCCAUCGCCCUCCCGCCCUCCGUCACCACCGUCUCCCUGCUUGACGUCUUCCCUGUAGCACGCUACCUGCCAGACUCCUUCCUCACCCUCUCGCGCCUCACUCAUCUCAAUCUGCACCAUUUCAACUCUCUACAGGCGCUCUUUGCGCCUCGCCCACAUAGUGCCCAGGCUGCAACUGUCCUUGGAGAGAUGGAUCUCGGCUCUGAAGCCGGUCAGGUUUACUGUUUCCCAGUUGAUCCUCAACCCGGUCAGCCGGCGAGAUUGGCGCUGCUCUCGUCUCUGCAGCACCUGGCAAUCGUGAAUACGCGCCUGCCGUUGCUGCCGAGUAACCUCAGCGACCUCCAAAGCCUCAAGGUGCUCAUUCUUGAGGGGCUGGCGCGCCUGCCCAAGAAUCUCGGGCAGCUGAAAGCACUGAAAGAGCUCACUGUGGAGGCGUGUGAUGCGCUGACGGGGCUGCCUGCGUCUAUCGGCCUCCUCUCCUCCCUCGUCCUCCUCUCUGUCAUCGAGUGCGAGAAGUUCUCCUCUGUCCCCGACUCCAUCGGCUCGCUCCCCCGCCUCGCCUCCCUCAAACUGAACUGUCUCUUCCGCCUGCGCCGCCUGCCAGAGUCCAUCUCUCGCCUCCCCGCCCUCGUGAUCCUCUCGCUGGAAGAUUGUGAGGAGCUGCGGGCGCUGCCGGAGGGGCUGGCUGGUAUGGAGACUUUGAGGGAGGUGAUAAUAGGAGGGUGCGGCCGUCUCAAGAGUUUGCCGCAGUCGCUGCUGGAUAGGCAGCAUGUGAUCGACCUGCAGGGUAUUAACUGA